GUAUCUCCGGUAUACUGUAUGCUACCAGGCAGCUCCAGUACUGUACACUUUACACUCUUACAGUUCUAGGCUGGUUUUUAAUUAUAUGACCAUAUGACAUUAAUGGACAAUCAUGUCUGAAGAGGACAGUAAGGUUUCUGAUGAACUUUUCAAAGAUGUCAAAUUCUACGUAGUUGGGGACAUUGACCAAAAGGUGGUACAACUGUUAAAAGCUGGAAAAGGAAAGGAGGUUUCAUACAAUGCCCUGGCCACUCACAUCAUAGCAGAGGAUGGGGACAACCCUGAAGUGGGCGAGUCAAGAGAGGUCUUUGACCUGCCUGUUGUCAAGCCAUCCUGGGUGAUCCUGUCAGUCCGAUGUGGAGACCUGUUACCAGUCACUGGAUUUUCUCCUGAAUCUGGACAGAUAUUCUUUGGAGUGACAGCUUGUCUUCCGAGGCUUCCAGAAGAUCUUAAUGCCUUGUGGGCAUUUAUAACCUUCUAUGGGGGGGAAUGUCAGCUUAACCUCAACAAGAAAGUUACCCACCUUGUGGUGAAGGAGCCAAAAGGGGCAAAGUUUGAGUGUGCCCUCAAACACCCAGGUAUCAAGAUCGUCACCCCUGACUGGAUAACGGACUCUGUUAAAGACAAGACUAGGAAGGAUGAGGUGCUGUAUCACCCUCGUCUGACCUACAUAGAACCUGAAGAAGUUGAGGAGAGUGAAGAGGAGUCAUAUGACCAGCACUCACACUCAGAUGGAAGCUACAGCCCCCGACGUUCCCGGCUAUCCAGUGGUGGCUCAUCUGGAGACGAAUCCAGCCCUCGCAGGCGGCCCGGACCCAAAAAGUUGAACUCCAUGUCUCCAUCAUCACCCCGGAAACCUGAGCGUCGCAGUGAGCGUAUGUUCGAUGACUCAGACGAUGACUCUUCCACCGAAAAGGAAGGUACCAACCUCAACUGGACGCCAGCAGAGGUUGUUGCAUCGACGCCACCAAUCACACAAGGCACAGCCAGACGGCGGACAGGACCCCCUGGCAACAAAGAGCCCAGCUCCUCAACAGGCAGUGGCCUCAUCAACCUGUGUGCCACUGUCCCACCUGUACCAGGAAGUGGAGCCAUGGCAGAGGCCCGUUCUGCCACUACCGCUAUCAGCCAUAGCACACUGCAAGGAGUUGUAUCAGUUCCAGAGGGUAUUCCUGGGUGGAGUCCAGCUGCAAGAACUCUCCGCAACAUCACCAACAACUCAGACAUACAGCCGGCUGCUCGACCUGCCAACAUAGCACAUUCUAAAGCUACAGGUCAGGGCCUCACUGCUGAGCAUCAGCAGCUCCUGCAGCAGCAACAAGCACACCAAGCUGUCCUGCAGCAACACCAACAGUUACCACAGCAACCACAGCAUCCCAUGAUGCACCUUCAGCAGCAUCAGAUGAUGCAGCUACAUCACCAACAGCAACAGCAUCAACAGCAGCAAUCACAGGUCACCCAACAAAGCUUUCCACAGCUGCCCCAACAACAGCAGCAGCAAUUCCUACAACAGCAACAGCAAAUGCACCAACAGCAGAUGUUCUCCCAGCAGCAGCAGCAACAGCAGCAGCAUGCCUUCUCCCAGCAGCAACUGCGACCCCAGCAACUCCUGCGGCCAGGUUUACAGCAGCUGCAGCAGCAACAGGUGUUACAGCAGCAGCUUCAACAGUUCCAACAGCAACAACGCAUGCAGAUGUUACAACAACAACAACAGCAGCAGCAGAAUCAGCAACAGUUACACCAACAGCAUUUACAGCAGCAACAACAACAGCAGCAGCAUUUCCUCCAACAACAGCAGCACAUGCAGCAGAUGCAACAGGUGCAGCAGCAACAGCAGCAGCAGCAGCAGCAUCACCUGCAGAACCAGCAGCUGCAGCACCAGAACCAGCAGGCCCUACAGCAGCAGCAACAUCAGCAACAGCAGCAGACAACACUGCAGCCUCAGCUCCAGCAGCCACCUCACAUCUCCCAGAUCUCCCAGCUGUUUGGCCAUGAGCCAGGCCAAGAGAUUCCACAGGAUGGUUUCCUGUUGGGCUGUGUGUUUGCUAUAGCUGACUAUCCAGAACAGAUGGCUGACAAACAGCUCCUGGCCACAUGGAAGAGGGUGAUCCAGGCUUGUGGAGGUGCAGCUGACCCCACCCUAACUAGCCGCUGCACACACCUACUAUGUGAGAGUCAAGUCAGUAACAUGUAUGUCCAGGCCCUCAGAGAGGGUAAGCGAUGUGUAACAGCCCACUGGCUCAAUACGGUGUUGAAAAAGAAGAAGAUGGUUCCGCCACACAGGACAUUACACCUGCCCUUUGCCUUUCCUCCUGGAGCUAAACCUUGCUCUCAGCAUAUUAUCUCAGUGACAGGUUUUGUGGAUUCUGACAGAGAUGAUCUGAAGUUGAUGGCAUACCUGGUUGGUGCCAGAUAUACAGGUUACCUGUGCCGCAGUAACACGGUCCUCAUCUGUAAAGAACCCAGUGGACUCAAGUAUGAGAAGGCUAAGGAGUGGAAGAUCCCCUGUGUGAAUGCCCAAUGGCUGUGUGACAUACUGCUAGGGAACUUUGAAGCCCUAAGACAGAUCCAGCACAGCAGAUACUCCAUCUACAGCCACCCUGAUCCACUGGUCCCAAACCCACAGCUGGUCCAGAACCUGCUGAGUGCUUGGAGAACACCCAUCAAAGUCUCUCCAGAAGCUCUGGCGAGUCUCCAGCUGCUGCAGAAACAGAAGGUCAUAGACUCCACCAGCCAGCCUCCCAACAAGAAGGCCAGACUGGAGGAGAUCCAGUCCCCAAGUAAGAAGCUUCCACCUGAGUCCACUCCUCGAGUCCUGUUUACAGGCUUUGAGCCCACACAGGUGCAGCAGUACACAAAGAGGUUACAUGCCCUAGGUGGAGAAGUGGCAGACAGCAGUCAGAAGGUCACUCACCUAGUGGCCAGUAAGGUGACACGCACCGUCAAGUUCCUCACAGCCAUGUCUGUGGUUAAACACGUUGUGACCCCUGAGUGGCUAGAGGAGAGCUGGAGGAGCCAGAAGUUUGUUGAUGAGCAGAGUUACAUUCUGAGGGAUGCCGAAGCUGAGGUGUUGUUUGGGUUCAGUCUGGAGGAGUCGCUGAAGAGAGCCCAUAAUUCGCCACUGUUCAAGGGCAAGUAUUUUUACCUGACCCCGGGGAUCUGUCCCAGCAUCAGCACAAUGAAGUCCAUCCUGGAGAGUGCCGGAGGGAAGCUGCUGGCCAAACAGCCGUCCUACAGGAAAAUCAUGGAGCACAAACAGAACAAGAACCUCCCAGAAAUCAUCUUGAUUUCCUGUGACAAUGACCUGCACCUCUGUAGAGAAUAUUUCCUGAAGAACAUUGAUGUCCACAAUGCUGAGUUCAUCCUGACAGGAGUUCUAACCCAGAAGAUGGACUACGACUCAUAUAAAUUCACUUGAUGGUGAAGCAUCAUCAACUAUGGUGGAGGACAAGGAUCAACAGCAGCCUGUAUACAGUUCAGUCCCACUGAUUUUUCUACAUUUUUAUUUGGUCUCUGUGCAUAGAUCAACAGUCAUUUUGUAGUUUUUUGUUACAUGUUGAGAAUAAAUAAAUUGAUGUUAUUUUUGUGAAAUGAAUGUUUAAAUUAUGGAGGAUUUUAACCUUUUUCCUGUUAAAAUAGAAUGUGUAUUGAUUUGAGCAUUUUGGAAUAAAAAUUGUACAUUUGUUUGUGAA